AUGGCCCUGAAGGACGCCAGGAGGAAACUGGAAGAGCUGGAAUGCGCCCUGAGCAAAGACAAAGAGGAGCUGGCUCGCUUGCUGAAGGAGGACCAGGCGCUGCUCAACAUCAAGAUCGCGUUGGACGUUGAGAUUGCCAUGUACAGGAAGCUGCUGGAGGGAGAGGAGAACAGAGGCAUUGAGGAGGUCCAUGUCAACACCAACCUGCUGAGGCCAAUAGAAGUACAAGUUGACCCUGAGUUUCAGAGAGUGAGAUCGGAUGAGAAAGAGCAGAUUAAGAAUCUCAACAACAAAUUUGCAUCAUUCAUUGAUAAGGUCCAGUGUCUUGAGCGACAGAACCAGGCUCUGAUGGCCAAAUGGGAACUGCUGCAGCAGCAAAGUGCCCGGCCAGAAGAGAGCAGAAACAUCACCUCCUUCUUCCAGUCUUACAUCAGCAACCUGCAGAGGCAGCUGGAAACGCUCCAGAACCAGAGGGAGCAGCUGGAUCCGGAAGCUUACAAUAUGCUUCAGCUUGUGGAAGAUUAUAAAAAGAGAUUCGAGGAUGAGAUCAACAAGCGUGCCUCCAAAGAAGAGGAGUUCGUGGAGCUUAAAAAGGAACUGGACAAUGCCUACAUGGGAAAGAUGGAAUUUGACAUUCGGGUGGAAAUACUGAAGCAGGAGCUUGAGUUCCUCAGAUGCUUACAUGAAGCUGAGCUGUCCCAGCUACAAACAGUAGUUAGCAACACCAACGUCGUUCUGUCCAUGGACAACAGUAGGGAACUGAACAUGGAUGGCAUCAUUGAAGAAGUCAGGCAGGAGUAUGAGACAAUUGCUCAGAGGAGCAAAGCUGAAGUAGAUGCUAUGUACCGGGGCAGGUACCAGGACCUGCAGAACAUGUGGGUAAAUCAACGUGAGCAACUGAGCACCAGUUAUAAGGAAAUCCAGGAACUCAUCAGGCAGAUCCAAAGACUACAACCAGAAAUUGAAAUUGCAAGGAAAAAGAAUGCCAGCCUCCAAGAGAGCAUCAAAGACGCUGAGCAGCGUGGGAGCAAUGCUGUCAGGGAUGGCCAGGAAAAACUCCAGGAGCUGGAAAACGCCCUGCGGCAGGCCAACGAUGACCUCGCUCAUCUUCUUCAUGAUUAUCAGGAGCUCCUGAAUGUGAAACUGGCCUUGGAUAUUGAAAUUGCCAUGUACAGAUCACUCCUUGAGGAGGAGGAGACCAGGAUACUGGAAGGGUCUCCUGCCACAAUCUGUGUCAUUGACCACAAUCCAAGUGCUGCUGGAGUCUAUGGAGUCAAAUUUGCAGGCUUGAAAAGUGGGAAAGGGGGGGUGGAGGAGGAGGCUCAAAAGGAGGCUCAGGCUGUGGAGGAGGAGGAGGAGGAAGCUCUGGCAGUGGUGAGUCCAUAUCUGGAGGAGGAGGCUCAAAGGGGGGCUCAGGCUAUGGAGGAGGAGGAGGACGAGGAGGAGGGGGAAGCUCUGGCAGUGGUGGGUCUAUAUGUGGAGAAGGAGGAGGCUCAAAGGGAAGCUCAGGGUAUGGAGGAGGAGGAGGAAGCUCUGGAAGUGGUGGGUCCAUAUCUGGAGGAGGAAGCUCAAAAGGAGGCUCAGGCUAUGGAGGAGGAGGAAGCUCUGGCAGUGGUGGGUCCAUAUGUGGAGGAGGGGGCUCAAAAGGAGGCUCAGGCUAUGGAGGAGGGGGAAGCUCUGGAACUG